UUUGGAGUAAAUAAUUAAAAGAAAACACGGAGAGCAGAUAACAAGGAAAUCGUAGUAAGCAGUAGUAAGUAGCAACCGAUACCAACAACGGAACCCUUUUUUUUCUUCUUCAAUCUCCAUGGACACCAACACCACCCAUCUCCGCAACUUCCGGAGCUCGCGAUAUAGCACGCAAUAAAGAGCGAAAGGAAGAAAAAACUAAACAGAAGAUAUUGGAGUAUAGUGGAGUUCUAGCUCCUAGUCAUUUAGAACGAAAUACUGUAGAUCUGAGCCUGCAAUGGCUCCUGGAGGCAGUAUUUUCAAAGAAGUUCUUGAAUCUCACCUGAUGUCUUCAGAUUAUGAAACAGGCAAAGCUAAAUAUGAGUCGAAGACUAGUAGUACAGUUAUGAAAUCUUGUGUUGGGUUGAAUGGAAAGAAUGGACUUAGUUCAAAGAAUGGCGUGUAUGACUUACUUGAGUGCCCUGUUUGCAAGAAUCUGAUGUACCCUCCAAUUCACCAGUGUCCAAAUGGCCAUACAUUAUGUUCCAAUUGUAAGAUUGAAGUCCAUAAUCUUUGCCCAACCUGUCACCAUGAUCUCGAGAACAUAAGGUGUUUGGCACUGGAGAAAGUUGCAGAAUCGUUGGAGCUUCCUUGCAGAUAUCAGAGUCUAGGUUGUCAUGAUAUAUUCCCAUACUACACAAAGCUCAAACACGAGCAAAAUUGCAGACUCCGUCCAUUCAGUUGUCCCUAUGCUGGAGCCGAGUGCUCUGUGAUGGGUGACAUCCCAAGUCUAGUUUCCCAUCUCAAGGAUGAUCACAAGGUAGACAUGCACAAUGGAUGCACCUUCAAUCAUCGAUAUGUCAAAGCAAAUCCACAUGAAGUUGAAAAUGCCACAUGGAUGCUAACUGUUUUCAAUAGUUUUGGAAGGUAUUUUUGCUUGCACUUUGAGGCAUUCCAGCUCGGGACAGCUCCGGUAUAUAUGGCCUUUCUUCGGUUCAUGGGUGAUGACAACGAAGCCAAGAAAUUCAGCUACAGCCUGGAAGUCGGCGCGAGUGGACGCAAACUUAUAUGGCAAGGAAUUCCAAGGAGCAUUCGCGACAGUCAUAGGAAAGUUAGAGAUAGUCAAGAUGGACUAAUAAUUCCGAGGAGCUUGGCUCUUUAUUUCUCUGGUGGGGAUGGAAAAGAGUUGAAGUUGAGGAUCACUGGUCGUAUAUGGAAAGAAGAUUGAGAUUUGAGAGAUGUAAAUAUACUAUUAUUAGGGAUAUGCCACAAGUGAUUAUUGUUGUAUAGAGCCUGUAACGAUUUCUUCCAUGAUUUUUGCUCAUUGCCAGAGAAUGAAGGAGGAACUACUAGUGUCCUUAACCGUA